AUCUCUAACUGAAUAUUUACGCAAGUUGCGUUACAUACACUUAAUCAAAGAACUACACUUUCUAAAUACACAUAAAAAGAAUAUUUUCAUGGGCACAACAUUUCAGUUGCUUCGCUGCUGCUGAUCAAGACGUUAGUUAUUAGAAUGGUGCGCAUUUUAUUUGUAAUAUUGGCACUAGCAUGCUUUGCUUUCAUGCCCAGUCGUGUUGAAUCCGCGAAAAUACUUGCAGUAUUUCCAUUUAGAGGUCCUUCACAGUAUAUACUCGUUCAACCGUAUUUGAAAGCGCUGGCGGCGCGCGGCCAUGAACUUACAGUCAUAUCUGCAUUUCCUCAGAAAACUCCAAUAAAAAACUUUCGGGAAAUAACCUUGAAAUUUGAGCAAGUCGCCAAUCAUGAAGAACUGGUUAGCGCGGCUAUUGAAGAAAUGGCUGGCACCAAAGUUCAACAGUUAAAUUUGUUAAAGCAAUAUUCAUUAUCCAGCACUGAGGUUGCGCUGACUAAUGAAGAAUUUCAACAAUUACUACGCGGCAAUGAGCAUUUCGAUCUCAUCAUUAUAGAAGCACUCUAUCUGGAUGCACUUUACGCUCUGGGUUCACAUUUUAAAGCGCCUAUGGUUGGUAUCUGCGCCUCUGCUGCCGAUCUGGCUGUCGACCAGUUGGUGGAUAAUAUCUCACCAGUGUCAUAUGUGCCAGCCCCAAGUGGUCAACAAAUGGAUCGUUUGGAUAUAUGGCAGCGCUUAGAUAAUUUAUAUGUCUACACUUUGGAAUGGCUAUACAAUCGAUAUGUUCUAAUACCUGCUCAACAGCGUUUAUACGAAAGAUAUUUUCCAAAUGCCACACUAGAUUUAAGUGAGGUGCGUAGAGAUUUCUCGCUUCUGCUGCUGAAUCAACACUAUUCAUAUGAUUUGCCCCGUCCACUAGUGCCGAACGCCAUUGAAAUCGCUGGCAUGCAUGUUGAGCACAUUCCAAAGAAACUACCAGCCGAUAUGGAGGCUUUCAUCAAUGCCUCACCCAAAGGUGCUAUCUAUUUCUCACUCGGUUCGAACGUAAGGAGUGCACUUUUGCCAAAAGAGAAAAUAAAGGCUAUUAUGGAUGCCUUCGCGUCGUUACCGGUAAACGUGUUGUGGAAGUUCGAAAAGACCGAUCUGCCGGGUAAACCUAACAAUGUCUUCAUCAAUGAAUGGUUUCCACAGCAGGACAUACUGGCACACCCUAAAGUGAAACUCUUCGUUACACAUGGUGGCAUGCAUAGUACGGUAGAGCUUUUGCAUCAUGGCAAACCAAUUGUGGGUAUGGCUGUCUUCUACGAUCAGCAUUUAAAUGUACAACGCGCUGUGAGCAACGGUUUCGGUGUGGCAGUGAAUUUCCAAAACUUUACGAGUGGAGAAUUGCGGGAUGCCAUAUUAGAAGUGUUAAACAAUCCGAAGUAUGCGGAAAGAGCAAAAGAGCUUUCAGCACGCUUUCAUGAUCGACCAAUGAAACCGCUCGAUGCAGCGGUCUAUUGGACGGAGUAUGUGCUGAGACAUAAGGGUGCGCCGCAAAUGCGUGUGGCAGCGCGACAUUUGAACUUCCUGCAAAGGCAUAGUUUGGACACAAUGGCGAUAUUGUUUGGUAUUCCAAUUUUGUUAGCAACUUUAUUAACUUAUAUAUUAUAUAAAUUACUAUUUGCAUUAUAUAGCAACGUAAAUAACACGAACAUUAAUCUUAAGAAGAGCAAAAAUGAAUAA